AUGGACUUGAUUGAUCCUCAUGUUGUCUUAACAUCUGACCGCAUUGAUUUUGAUAUCAAUAAUUUAUCAUUAGAAAAAGAUUAUACACAUGAACUGGGAAUGCGUAUCGAUAUUGAACGAAAGCCUUAUUCAAUUGAAUUGGAAACGAUUGUUGAUAAUAUAAAAAAUAAGCGCUUUCAGCUCCUUCGUCAUCGUGAUCCCCCUGUUAAUGAACGUAUCGACAAGAUGACGCAAGUUCGUGGAUGGACACAAAUAGGACCAGAUUUGUCAGUUUUACGAGACCCACAUUUCAAAUAUUGUGCAAUUCUUGUACCAUUAUCACGAUCAACAGCUUUAUAUACAGAGACCUACGGAGGAAUGAAGAAAUUAAUUAGAAAACAAUGUGCACAACACAAUCCGAUUGAACAAGAACUAUCUCAUGGAAGUAAAGGACCUGGAAUUGAUGGUAUAACCGAAGAUGGUUACGAUGAUCGAUAUUUCAAUACUGGUGGUUUAUAUGGUCAUGGUGCUUAUUUUGCUGACGAUCCUCAAAAAUCGCACAAUUAUACAUCUGUUGAUCCAAACAAUGAAACGUACAUCAUGUUUUACAAUAAGGUACUUUUGGGCAAUUCAUCGGUACUGACAGAAACCAAUCACACAUUAGUUUCAGCACAACAUGGAUACCAUUCAGUGAUCGGAAAGCACUCUAAUCUCACAGAAUACAUCAUCUAUCGCUACGACCAAGCCCUAUACAACUUAAAAAUAACAUACAAAGCUUAACUGCUUUAAAGCUUUUUGGGCUUGACUAAUCGUCAUUUCUAUCUUAUCUAGGGUAUGGGUGUGAAUGUGUGUACUCUUCCAGUGAACACUCACGCCCACACCCUACGAAAAUAAUCAGUGUCUUCAUUUUCUUGAUCUACUAAUAAUUCGUCGCAAUAAUAAAUAUGAAACAACAGUCUAUCGAAAACCGACAACCAUUAAUUUACAUCUUCUCUAUGACAGUAAUCAAGCAAGGAAAUAUUAAACUCAGCUUAAUAAAAUCUCUUUAUGUUCGAUAACUACGGCUCUGCUCAAAUGAGAUUUACCUAAAAAUUGAAAGAGAUCAUUUGAUUAAAACUCUACAAGAAUAUUGCUACCUAAUUCACAUUAUCAAACAAGAAAUACGAGAAGUAAAUGUAAACUACAAAAACGACUAAACAAUCCUCCUUCUCAGUCUCAACUUCAAGCAUAAAAAAGAAAGAAAUCUAUUUUGUUUUUUUCUUAUUACGAUCAAGAAUCUAUGGAAUUAGGACAAAAAAUACAACAAAUUUGUACAAAGCUCCUACCAAAUUUUACUAUCAACCUGAAGAAAUUAAUCGAAACAGAUUAACAAGGAUGAAAGAACACCUAAACAAUAUUGAAAAAGAUAAACCUACUUCUCUCAUUGCUCAACACUGUAACACUAACAACCACAGAAUGGACUUAGAUAGUGCUGAAACGCUGGCGUUCGAAUCAAUAUAGAAACAUCGAGUUAUUAGAAAAAGUCUUCUUUCACACUAUACACACGAUAAAGCAAUAAACGAAAUAAAAUACAAACUAAACGUAUUCAGAUUGCACCUUAAAUGUGCAUUCUAUGGGCUCGAAAAUGCCUGUUCUAAUGAACAGAAUGAGCACUCAUUCUUAUAAAUAGCCUACUCAUCUAUACAUCAUAGUCAUUCUUUCUCUAAUUUUCUUUUUUGUAACUUCACCUAUGUCUUUCUAUAUUGUUCGUCUUGUGAAAAAUUGUCGAAAUGCCAAUAAUUAAAGACAAUGUGAUUAGUAAAUCUUAAUGUUUGUUGCAGUUUUAUACUUCAUUUUUUUCUGAUUUAAAAUUUCUACUGCUCUUUCAUCUAAAGUUAUAAUUGUUUGCGAAAGCCUGGGGUUGGGAAGAGGCGUAGGCAUGUUGUUUUGAUUGUGUCGU